ACUCGCCGUAAAGCGAAGCCGUGGGAAGCAUCGUCCCGCUCACACGCGUACACCGUGCUGGCCACGCUGCCGUCGGCCGCCGCCACGCUGCCGUGCGGCGAGGAAAGUGUCGUGAAGGGGUCGGACACGUGACCCGCCCGGCAGAGUGGCGCGGCCCCAUGCGGCGGGGCGCGGCGGUGGCGGCGCUGCUGUGCCUGGGGGCCGCCUGCCUGCUGGGCCGCGGGUUCGAUCCCCGCGCCUGGCUGCUGCCGCCCCGCGGCCGUCUGCUGAGUGCCGCCGAGCUGGCCCGGUACCGGGGGGCGGCGGACGAGCCCGGGCUCUACCUCGCCGUGCUGGGCCGCGUCUUCGACGUGGAGCGCGGCCGAAAGCACUACGGUCCCGGUGGCACCUACAGCGGCCUCGCAGGGAGAGAUGCCACCAGAGCGUUUGCCACCGGCGACUUCACCCAGGCGGGGCUGGUGGACGACGUCUCGGCGCUGUCGCCAGGCGAGAUGCUCGCCAUCCAGAGCUGGCUCUCCUUCUACCGCCACAGCUACCAUCCCGUGGGGAAGCUGGUGGGCAGAUUCUAUGAUGAAAACGGAGCACCGACAGAAGCCUUAAGGCAGGCUGAGGCUGCGAUUGAGGAAGCCCUGAAGCUCAAAGCAGAAAGCGAGCAGAGGAAGCAGCAGUUUCCACCGUGCAACUCUGAGUGGAGCUCUGCUAAGGGCAGCCGAUUCUGGUGCUCCAAACAGAGUGGGGGAGUGAACAGAGACUGGGCUGGAGUCCCCCGCAAGCUGUACCGACCUGGUUCGAGGGAGAGUCACUGUGUGUGUGUGAGGACUACUGGUCCCCCGUGGGGCCAGCCGGGCUCCUCCGAGCACAGCGACAGAGGCGACCUGGAUAACCCUCACCUGGAGGAAUACGACGGCUGCCAUCCCCUGGCCCAGCAGUGUGCCCUAACGGUGUGAUUCCGAGUGCUGGAUCCGAGGGGGGCGUAGAGUCCUGCAGCGAAACGUUACGCUCUGGGUGGGCAGUUGCAGCUCCAGCACCAUUCCCUUCUGCCUGUGCGAAGGGAGCGAUAAUAAUUUCAUGUUAUUUGUGACUCUCUUUUAACGUGUGGAGAUGGAGUUGAGAGGAGGAGGAAACACUUUUGCCAAGGUAGCGGCUAAAAAAAAAAAUCAGCAACGAGAUUCUUUCUUAGUGCUUUUUUCCUGUGGUAUUUUCCCAUCUGGCAACAAACUGUAAGAUGCACAGCCUGAAUGAUAUUUAAAAACUGAUUUUUUUGUGCAGCCAGGAAAGAGAUGCUUGUGUGCUUGGUGGUGGGUGCAACGUGUUGUGUUUUAAGGCAUCGAGGUAGUGAGCACAAGAACUGCUGCAGCAAUCCUGCCCCGGGUUUAAGCAGAGUCUUCCAGUCAUUUGAACUCUGCCUACUGCAUUGUAGUGCUAAUUAAUGGUCCUUCCCAGUCACCUGGCUUACUCCAAAGAGUUUAAAGGUAGCAGGGAGAAGCCUGAAUUUCUCCUACAAUUAAGGUACGUAGUAUCUAGGAACUUGUGCAGUUAAACAUAAGCUUUAUCAAAUUCUUGGAGUACAGAAGGCAAAGGUCAUAGCUGUAUUUCCUCAUUUAGUGUUUGUAUUAGAUAGUGCGCAAAGAAGAUAUCAGAAGCCACCUAUGAGCAUCGUUGUUUAUAUUAACCUCACCACCCUGGUCCUCUGAUUCACUGCUUUCAAACUCCGAAGAUCAGAAAUUGGUACUUUAAAUAGGCAGUAACAAAAGCUGCACGGCACCGUGACCAUCCCUCUGUAAUCUGCCUCCUGUUCCCAUUCUGGUGUAUGACCUCCUCCCACCUGGUACAUGUCCACUGGGCCAUAACCUGAGGCUGGGUGUAUCCUCACGAGGCCCAGCUCCCUUAAACUCUCUGUACAUGUUUCAUUAUAGCUGGCAAAAUUCAGUGAUGUGAGCAACUCCCAGAUCCAUGCUGAGCUGUGUUCCGUUCUUUCCCUUAAGGUGGCUGCCACCUAUAUAUAAAUAGCCAGGACAUAUUUAUAAACUCAGUUUUGGGCUACUACUGCCUCUAAAGAAAGUCCCACAAAUCUAAGUAAUUAAUGAAUAACUAGUGAGAGUAGCAGGAGGCCUGGCAACAUUGCUUCAAGGCAAGAGUAAUGAGUUCACUGCAGUCAGAGCAGGAUGGAGUGCAGCACUUUUCACCCAUGAUGUUUAGGUGAUGCUACAGCUGCCAUGGAUGGGAGACAUACCACAAUUUAAGCCUGUAAAAAAAAAAUUAUUGUAAUAAAUGUUUGGGGUUGUGUUUUUUUCUUUCA